AUGAGUCACAACAGACUAUAUGGAGAGCUGUCACCAAAUUGGGGGAAAUGUGGGAAUUUAUCAGUGCUAAAGAUUUCUGGAAAUAAUAUUAGUGGGAAGAUACCACCUGAGAUUGGUCAGUUAACUCAACUUGGAGUACUUGACCUUUCUUUCAACAAACUUGCUGGAGAGAUACCAAAGGAAUUUGGUCGCUUAUCGUCUUUGAUCGACUUGAAUUUAACAGACAACCAGAUUUCAGGGUAUAUACCACUUGAAAUUGGCAAACUAAUUAAUUUAGAGCAUCUAGACCUCUCAGCAAAUAGGCUAAUUGGAUCAAUCCCAACACAGCUUUGUCAAUGCACCAAACUGUUGUUAUUAAAUGUGAGCAGGAAUUCAUUGAAUGGAAACGUUCCAUCUCAAAUUGGCAAUCUAGUAUCCCUACAAGUUGAAUUGGACCUUAGUCAUAACUUAAUCAGUGGAUUGAUACCACCCCAGCUUGCAAAGUUGAUGAUGUUGGAAAUUUUAAAUCUAUCCCACAAUAUGAUCACAGGCAUGAUACCCCUUUCUCUCGAAGAGAUGGUUAGCUUAGUAUCUCUUGAUUUGUCCUAUAAUGAGUUGGAGGGUGUAGUUCCUAACAAUAGGGUUUUCAAAAAUGCUUCACCUCAAGCAUUUAGAAACAAUAAAGGGUUAUGUGGUGAACUUCAAGGAAAUGUAGAACCGACCAGAAGAAAUCAUGGCAACAUAUUUUCAAUAUGGAAUUUCGAUGGCAAAAUUGCUUAUGAGGACGUUAUUCAAGCAACAGAGGAUUUUGAUUCCAAAUAUUGCAUUGGAACUGGAACUUAUGGAAAUGUUUACAAAGCAACGCUACGUACUGGCCAUGUAGUAGCCUUGAAGAAGUUCCAUCCAGUAGAAGGUGAUGCAAUAGUUAAUGAGGAAAGCUUUGGGAAUGAGAUACGUGUGUUAACAGAAAUAAGGCAUCGACACAUUGUCAAACUUUAUGGAUUUUGCUCUCAUCCACGGUGCAUGUUUCUUGUUUAUGAGUACAUGGAAAAGGGAAGCUUAGAACGUUUCUUGAGUAAUCAGGCAGAGGCUGUGGAGUUCGAUUGGCUGAAAAGAAUAAAUGUCAUCAAAAGUGUGGCCAAUGCUUUGUCUUACGUGCAUCAUGACUGUGUUCCACCAAUAAUUCAUCGGGAUAUUUCAAGCAAAAAUAUAUUGCUGGACUUGGAACUUGAGGCUCGCUUAUCUGAUUUUGGCAUUGCAAGACUUUUAAAGCAAGACUCACCUAAUUGGACGUCACCUAAAGGAACUCAUGGAUAUAUUGCUCCAGAGCUUGCUUACACCAUGGUUUUAACUGAUAAGUGUGAUGUAUAUAGUUUUGGAGUAGUGACAUUAGAAACAAUUAUGGGAAGGCAUCCAAGGGAGCUCAUUUCAUCUUUAACGUCAUUAGUUGGUCAAAAGAUACUAUUAAGGGACAUGUUAGACUCAUGCCUCAGCUUUCCAUCAGAUCAAAAGGUUGCCAAGGAUGUUAUUUCUGUUAUGAGAAUAGCACUUGCAUGCUUACGAAGUCACCCACAAUCCCGCCCAACUAUGCAUCAAGUAUCAAAAGAGCUGCUUGUUCUCUGACCGUCAUUUGUGGAUCAUUUUCAUACAAUCACUAUAGGUGACCUAAAUGAUAUUGAAGUACAAUAAUUGUGAUCGACGUUUCAUUUCACCAACAGGGGACUAAGGCAAUUCAUUUGAGACUGCACUCAAAAUUAAGCAAUAGUUCUCAAGGUCAGCCUUUCGUUAAUUGCAUGAUUUUCAAUCUAGUUUCC